CGACGGCUCAGUGAAGCAACGCACUUUCCUCGCUGGCUUUCGCCGAAGUAGUUUGUAAAGUUUCCACGGGUUCCGUUUACUAACAAUUUUUACCAUCUAAACCAUGCCAGACUGGAGGGAACGUGACGAUUCGGACCGUGGAUAUGGCGGCGGAAGUUCCGGCUACGAUAGGGAGCGCCGUGACUACCGCAGCGGCGGAGGCGGUUAUGGUGGCGGCGGCGGUUACCGCUCUGGCGGAGGUGGCGGUUCCGGAGGAUACGGUGGAAGCCGCGAUGGCGGCUAUCGUUCCGGUGGUGGCGGUGGAUUCCGUAAUGGUGGCGGAGCCCCACGUGGACCCCCAAGGAUUGACCCAGCUACAGCAAAGACAGAAACAUUUGAGGUCGAUGCCGACAAGGUCAAGUUCAUCAUCGGACGCGGUGGCAACAAGAUCCGUGAAAUUCAGGACCGCUGCCGGGUGUCGGUGCAAAUAGACAAACAGCGAAAUGAGAAUGGACAAAACAACAUUUCGGUGAUGGGUGACCAGUCUAACAUCGAUCGGGCGCGGGACAUGAUCGAACGUAUUAUCAACGAUGAUCGCGAUCGUGAGGAACACCGACGCGACUAGGACAGAUGCUGCUAGCAGCGCUCCCACUAGUCGUCCUACGGGAUGUGCGCGUGUGUGCGUGCGAGCGUGCGUGUGUCUAUCGCUAAUAGGAAUUAAGAUUAAAAACUCAUUAAAAGCUUAGAUAAGAACAGUUUUAAGAUUGCAGCACGAACCAAGAAGAAGCAGCACAUACUACGGGCUGCGCUGAAAGGGAAAAAAGGAAGAUUUGCAUUUAAUAUUUUGUUAUCCUGGUAGUGUUAGUCCCGACUAAAGAAGAAACACACGCUGCGAAGAAAUGAGUAGUUCUUGAACUUUUGCAGGAGAAAACUUCCAUAUAAACUAGAAACACUACAAUGCAUUAGUCUCAUCAGGUCCAUCGAUAUAGAUUACCAGAAAUUUAAUUUGUAUUUUUCACCACUAAGCUCUUAAUGACGACAGUACAGGCAAGGAAUCUUUCCUCGAAGAGCAAUUGGCAAUUUCGCACGGCGGUGAGAAAAUGUAAAUCAAUUUUUAGAAAUUUAUAUUUCUAAAGCUAUGCAUUAGAUCAAUUCUGUUGAUCAACCAACGGUAGUAGACAAGGCAAAUGAAAGUGAAAUAUAAAUAGUGCACGAUGAAUACAGCAGCAACGGAAAGGGUAACCACUGUAACGGAAGGGCAGAUAAUAGUCAGAAUUGCAAAAGUGUUAAACUAACGAAGCUAAACCGAAAGCAUACACAAACCGGAGUAACAAAAAGUUGACGUAAAAUACAAAUGUUCGCUUUUAACUUUAACUAAGUUAAAAAUUAUUAAAGCUGAAACUGGUCGG